GAUAAAGUCAUUUUCGCUGACUACAUUCUUUUGUCCCAUGUUAAUUAAUCCACUUAUAGGCUUCAGCACUCUCGGCUCCGUGUUCUUCGGGGCUCCAGAUGACUUGGGGACUACCAACAGUUGUCCGUUUGUGCCUGCGACGUGCACAAAUUCCACUCCCAUUGAAAACUCUUGUUGUUUCGAAAGCCCUGGCGGCAUCCUUUUACUCACGCAAUUCUGGGAUUACUACCCACCAAUUGGUGGAAACGAGACUUUCACUCUCCACGGGUUGUGGCCCAACCGCUGCUCGGCCGACAACACCUACGACCAGUUCUGUGACCCAUCACUCGAGGUCCAUAACCCCAAGGAGAUCUUAUCGCUGUUUGACCCAGCAUUGUUGUCAGACUUAGAGGAAUACUGGAAGAACUUCAACGGCCAUGACGAGAGUUUGUGGGAGCACGAGUUCAACAAACAUGGAACCUGUGUUAAUACCAUCAAGCCCAAUUGCUAUUCCAGCUACAAGCCACACCAAAAUGUGUAUGAUUACUUUAGAGUCACGGUCGAGUUGUACAAAAAGCUCGACACUUUCCAGUUUUUGGCAGCCGAAGGCAUUGUUCCAUCCAACGACAAGACAUACACCAAGAGCGAGAUUCAGUCGGCAUUAGACAAGAACUUUGGUGGCAAAAAGGUGUACUUCCACUGUAACAAGUACAAUGGUCUUCAGGAGGUGUGGUACUACCACCACUUACAAGGCCCUUUGACGGGCGAGCAGUUUGUGCCCAUUGAUGCAUCGCAGUCUUCGAGAUGUCCUGAGACUGGCAUCAAAUUCUUUCCCAAAGGAUCUCUUGGGCAUAUUCCACCACCUCCUAAACAUCCUUCAGACUUACCCACAGGAUACUUGAAGAUAGGAAACGGAUGUGCCAUUUCGAGUGGAAAGUUUUUCACCAAAGGAACGUGUGCUACCUUCAGGGUUAAGAAAGCUGAGUUUGGUGGUUACAACCUUUUGUCGAGCAAAGGAACGUGUUUUGUGGAAGACAAUGCUCUCAAGUGCAAUCGCAGUAAAAACACAAAAAAUCAAUUCAACGUGAAAGAUGGAAAAGUAGGGUACAACAACGUGUUUAAGUGGUGUGUUGACGGCACUAAUGAUCAGAAGGAUAUUGUGUUGUCCGAUGGGACGUGCCAGGAGUUUGAGCUCCAGUUCGAAGAGUUUUAGAAAUAUACACCAGUAUUUUUUUCUGU